GAACGAUCGUGCAGAAUGCUAUCAUCAUCGUAUGUAUAUGUAGCACUGUGGAUGCAAUAUGGGCGACGAUCAGAUGCCGGUGUGGCAGUGAGUGCUUAGUCAGCACACCCUCUGACUCAGCGCUGGACUUGCGCUGGACCACCUUCGCCCAUGGUCUCCACUCAUCCUAGCCACGAAGGCUCCCAAGAACCAGCCCCAAUCACUCCAGGAGGGUCGUAUUCCAUCCAGACCGUCUCCGUGGGGUGCAAACUAUACGUCCGGAGACCAACCCCAGAUGGCGGUGAGGAAGAACGGCUGGCAGAAAUCCUAUCUAUCCGUGACAAACAUGCGAACUCCUUUUCGCGUGCAUCCACGGCAGGAAACCUCAAAGAGGAGGACCAAGAGCCACCCAAACCAGAGGACAGAUGGGAGUACUUCGUACAUUGGGAUCAAUUCAACAAACGUUUGGACGAGUGGGUCGUCGGCUCAAGACUAGUCCUGAGCAAAGACUUGGAAUGGCCCCGUCCUAAACCACUACCAGGAAAGAAGACCGGACUUAGCGCACAGAAAGCGCCAGGCAAAGCACCCAGGUCACAGUCGCUACUGAAGAAAGCAACGGCAAACGCCGCCGCCGCCGCCUCUCCAACGCCAUUCUCUACCCCAGGACCAGCUGUUGGAAUGGCUGGGUAUCGCUCGCCGUCCCCUGCCUCGUCGUUGAAGCGUAAGAGCCUCCAAGAAGAACAGGAGGAAGAGGAAGAAGAGGAACCCGAAGAGGAGGAUUUAGAUGCAGAAGGCGAGAUGGACGUGGAUGCCGAAGGUGAAUUGGAGGGGGAGACGUUCGACCUAGUUGCUUCCCCCACCGAACCUCCUCCGUCUGUCACUGCCUUCAGCAAGGAGCAGGAGAUCGAGAAACUUCGAACGUCGGGCUCCAUGACCCAAUCCAUCUCCGAAGUCGCACGUGUAAAAAACCUCAACCGCCUCCAAAUUGGCAAGCACGAGUUGGAUGCGUGGUACUUCAGCCCUUAUCCGAGGGAAUACGCGUAUCUCCCGGUUUUGUACAUCUGCGAGUUCUGUCUGUCCUACUUCUCCUCGUCGUUCAUGCUUGGCCGGCACCGGUAUAGGUGCACCUUACUCCAUCCGCCCGGUAACGAGAUUUAUCGACACGAGGACAUCUCCUUUUUUGAGCUCGACGGCAAGCGCCAGCUAACGUGGUGCAGAAACCUCAGCUUGUUAUCAAAGUGUUUUCUCGAUCAUAAAACACUAUACUACGAUGUCACCCCUUUCAUGUAUUACGUGAUGACCCAGCGUGAUUCCAGCGGCUGCCAUAUCAUCGGUUACUUCUCAAAGGAAAAGGAGUCCGCGGAAAAUUAUAAUGUUGCCUGUAUAUUGACGUUACCACAGUAUCAACGGCAUGGUUUCGGCAAGGUCCUCAUCGAGUUUUCUUAUGAACUCAGCAAGAAGGAAUCGAAACUUGGCAGUCCCGAGAAACCGCUCAGUGAUCUUGGCCUGCUCAGCUACAGAGCGUACUGGGCUGAAAUUAUUGUAGAAGUGCUACUUAACACGACGGAAGACAUCAGUAUCGACGACAUCGCCCAGAAGACCGCAAUCACACACGCCGAUAUCAUGAACACAUGUACGACCCUGCAACUGUUCAAACACUACAAGGGUCAGCAUAUCAUCUGCCUGUCUGACGCUGUCCUAGAGAAGCACGAGAAAACUCGGAGCAAACGCAGAAGACGGAUACACCCGGAAUAUCUAAUCUGGAAGCCUCCCGUGUUCACUCGGGACCAACUCCGUUUUUACUGACCCCUUUAUUGGGCCCCCAACGCUCGUUUGUUUUCUCUCUCCUGUAGCUUUAGUGCAUAUGCAUACUCCCCGACGAGGUUCGUUUUGC